GGAAACCUCUUCAUUUAUCCGCCCAAAAGUGAUCUCUAAGAAGGUAUAAAAAGUGUGCAAUAUCACAAGCAUUUCAGAGCGCCUCCUUGCAACUUGCUGGGACGACUGACUGAAUCAGACGAUUGGGCGUGAAUCGGGAGAUCACUUCAUUGGUGCCCUGAAAUUAGAGCGGUCGGGCACCAUAUAAGCAUUUUCAUAACAAAUUGAUUCUAAUUCCAAAGAUGAGUCCAAGCGCCAGAAGAUGUCUUCUUUGCUUGCUUCUGUUGUCUGACCAGUUGUAUUGUCACCCUUUCGCCCUACCACCAGUGGACUCCCAUUCUGGAAGCAGUAAUGGGUUUCCAAUUCACCUUGAUGGACAAAACACAGAGUCAACAUCGGAUUACCAAGAUGUUUCUACUUCAGAUGCUAACCAAGAAGAGACUGAAUCAUAUGAAAGGUUACUUGACAAUGUUUUCCAAGAUCCCCACUUAAAAAUGAUUAGGAACAAUAUCACUUGUAAUGACUUGAUAGGUACAGCUAUGUUAGAUGAAAUUGUUUCUUUGCCCUUCGCUAGAGAUUUCACAGAUGUAGCCCUUGCAUUUGUGCUGGGACAGCUGGGGUGCACAGAAGAGAUCAAACCUUUUGUUUUCCAGCUGAUUGAUGAUUUAGGCAUUACAGGUAAUGAACGCAUUCUAUUACAAAUCAAAGAACUGAUUGAGCAAUCAGAUAUGAACUCUCCAAUUAGAAAAGAAAACACUGACAUCAGUCAUGUUAAUGCUAUCAUAUUUAACAUAAACCAAAUCACUGUACAGGCCCAAAAUCUAAUUGAAAUGGAAAGUAACAAUGAUAAUGCAUCCUCUGUUAAACUAUCAGAUAAAUGUCAAGGACUUGUACAAAUUAAUGAAUCAUCCCUUAACGGUCCUGUUCUCAAAAGCCACAAGGUGCUAUUUAAUGCCACAAGUAUGUGUGAAGAUCUAGGUCAUACUUGUGCUGGAGUCCGCCUCAGUAUAAAUGGGACUUUUGAAGUUAUUGAGAGGAAAGACAACUUCUUACUUCCUCAGCGCAGUUCAGUUUCCUGGAUUCAUGAAUGUGUUGAACUUCAGUUUGAAAAGGGUCAUUACAUAAGCAAAAGGCAUGCUGGAUGUUCAGAUGAAAACGAGGAGAAAGCAUAUAACGUAAUACAGUGGAUACCUAUUUUAAGCUCAUUUUACAGCCUUGGCACUUCAAUUUAUUAUGCUGCAAAGCACUGUCCGGAUGUAGCUAAGGAAAGGGCGAUAGAUAUAGCCAUUGACCUUGGAACAGACUUAGCUGUUGCUCUUACCGGUGGUGCGGCCAGUGCUGCUGUUUAUGGAGCAAAAACUGGCAUCAAGUUUGGCGCAAAGGCUGGACUUAAAGCAGGCAUACAGGGAGUGAAAGCAGGAGUGACGUCAGUUGUGAAAACAGCUUCAAAAAAGGUAGUGGAGACAGUGACAACUAAAAUAAGUAAAGAAAUCAUAAAAGAUGCAGGAAAACAAGGAAUCUCGAAGUUAUCCUCUUUAGCCAAACAAAUAAAAACAAUUCCCACAGUUGUUAAACAAACUUCAGGGCAGAUUAAAAAACAGACCUCAAUACUAGCCUCUAAAAUCGGACAUGAUGGUGUCUUGAAAAGCAGUAAAGACCUCGUUGUUACCUCAAGCAAGAAAGCCAAAGAAGCUGUGAAAGAAGGGUUGGACAGCUUGGCAGAUAAAGCUCGUCGCAAUAUUGAGGAUGUUUAUGGAUCUAAGAAAACGAUUGAAAUCAAGAGUCCAAACACCAAGGCAGAAACUACGUUUCACUGCAUUGUUAAGCGAAUGCCAGGAAAUAACUGCAAAAGAAAAAUGCCUGCUUCUCCUGACAGCAAUCAUCCUUCUUCUUCAAAUACAGAUGGAAACAUUGGUGAUGUCCAGAGGCACAGCAAAGCUUUCAAGGACAAUCAAGGAUUUUCAACAAAUUCAGAUAGAAAUAUUGAGGAUGUCUUCAACAUGAGAAAUUCUGAACAAUGGAGGAGGGCAAGACAAGAAGAACUAAAGCAAUGGAGUGUCUAUACGCCUACAGACCUGAAGGAAGGCCGUCUCAAAAUAAAUGGCGACACAUUUAAAAACUUACCCCCUAAAAGGUAUUUUGGCGCACUUACUCAAAUAAAUGAGAUGUAUCCAAAUACAUAUACUGUGAUUGAAUUUCCCCUUGCUGGUGAAACUAGACGUGUUACUGCAAGACCAGCACCACGUGGAAACAAUCAAAUUUAUAUUAAAACACUUAAUGGUGACUAUCCAGGCACAAAGUCUCCUGGAACCACAUAUCAAAGUGUAGUAAAGCAGCUAACGGAAGGGAACUUAGAUGACAAAGACAUAGCAAAAAUGAUACUCGAAAGUUUGGAUUUACCUUUGGAAAAACAAAAACAUAUCUGGGACAAUUUAUCAAAAAACCAACAACGCGCUGCUGUAGAUUUCAUUGCUAUCACUCAGAUAGCAGAGUCUGUUCCACCUAUUAACCCAAACAUAAAAUCAGGGCGAGUUCCAGGAAUGGACAAAAACGCAAGAGCACACCUGAGAGAGAUACAGGAAGGGAAAAAAACAUUUGAAGAAGCAUUUGCCUCAGGCGAUCCAGAUUUUGUGCCUUCAAAAAGGGGAGGACUACAAAUCGGAAGAGAUUUUGCAAACAGACAAAACAAUAAAGCAGAUGAAACCUAUCGAAGACGCUUCCCUGGAUUUUCCGACUCUGACUAUUAAGCAAAAUGACAUGUUUUAGUAGACAGAGGCCACCUAGAUUAUUAUUUUUUUUAUAUUAGUAUUACAAACAGUAGCAGUUGCUAUACUAAAGUAAUAUUUUAUCAAUGAUAAUAACAAAAAACAACUUCAAAUUCCCAGGGUGUAUGGGAUCAUGUGUCCUGGUUUAAAAACUUAAUAGAGGGUACUAGUUACUAGUAAGUCGUGUCAAUGGCUGUCUUUUUGUCUGCCUCCCUUUCUCGAAAUAAAAAUGCUGACUUACAAGGUAAAGGAAAGACCAAUGGUCCAUGGAGCAGGUCCUCUCAAUUCUACUGCGUCCACAAUCUUCACAGAAUUGUGAUCAGCAGACACAUUGCUAAAACCCACUUAUAUUUGUUCAGAUUAAUUUUUUCUGUUGUUUAACCGCUAACAUCAAGGGCUGUAUGUUCUUAAGUGAAUCAAUUAACAUCAAAUGUAAGACGUGUUCCCUUAAUGCUAAAAAGAUGGGUGUGAAAUAUUUUAUUUUCACUUUUCUCAUUUUCUGUUUUGUAUCUUGGUGGCUUUUUAAAAUGUCGAAGUUUCAAGACUCCUUGUGGUCUGACAUUUAUCCUUCAUUUUGUCUAUUUUGUUAUUAUUAUUAUUAUUAUUUUCCAUGAACAGGUACCUGUUCGUUCUUGAUUUUAAUAAUGACUAUUAAAUUCCAUAAGAGUUUCAAUUCUUGGUUGUUUAUUCAAAUCACUUCUUAAUGAUUUAUAUCCCUGCAGAUGUCAUGUAUUUCAGGUCUUUCUUGUACUUCU